AUGGAGAAGGCAGCAGCGGAGAACGCGGAGAAGGCGGCGCCGCUGAAGCUGCUGGGGUCGUGGGCGAGCUCGUACACGCACCGCGUGCAGCUUGCGCUGCGGCUCAAGGGCCUUGAGUUCGAGUACGCGGAGGAGGACCUGGGCAGCAAGAGCGACGCGCUGCUGCGCCACAACCCGGUCUACAAGAAGGUCCCCGUGCUGGUCCUCCCCGACGGCCGCGCCCUCGCCGAGUCCGCCAUCAUCCUCCACUACCUCGACGACGCCUUCCCGGCCGCCCGCCAGCUCCUCCCCGCCGACCCCUUCGACCGCGCCGUCGCACGCUUCUGGUGCCACUUCAGCGACGACAAGCUUGGUCCGGCGGUGGGGGCGGUGUUCGCGUCGACGGGCGAGGAGCAGGAGGCGGCGGUGCGGCAGGUGCACGAGAACCUGGCGCUGCUGGAGGCGGAGCUGCGGGAGGGCGCGUUCAAGGGCCGCCGCUUCUUCGGCGGCGACGAGGUGGGGUUCCUCGACGUCGUCCUGGGCUGCGGCUCCUACUGGCUGGCCGUCUUCGAGGAGGUGACCGGCGUGCAGCUGGUGGACGCCGACGCGUUCCCGCUCUUCCACGCCUGGCUGCGCGACUUCGAGGCGCAGGAGGAGGUCAGGGAGACCAUCCCCUCCGUCGACCGCCUCCUCGACUACGCGCGCGGCCUCCGCCAGAUGCUGCUCGCCAUGGCCGCAGGCGCCGGCGCUCCGGCCGACGCCCCAACCGCAGCUCCGCCCUCCGCGGCGCCGCCGGCCCCCGCCACGGCUGACAUCGCCGUCGACAUAUGA